AUGACUACAAAUGUGUUUGUUAAUGAAAUUAAUGACGGAAUAGAAAGCGUUGAAAAGACAAUCGAUAAAGCAAAACUAUUUUUUUUGGAUUUACUCUACAAGAAAGAUAAAGAAGUGUAUGCAGACUACAUUCUAGUUGUCCAAACUAAAGCCUUUCGUUCGUUAACAACAGCUGAAGAACGUCAACAACAAAAAAUUAAACUUGAAAGCACUUUGAAACUACUUAAAAAUAAUCUUGAAAGAGCUGGUCUAGAGAAAAAAGAUAUUCUUGCUGGAGUUGGUGUUGCUGUUACUGAUCAUCAUAAAGAUAGAAUCGAUGUUUCUUUGAGUGAUGCUGAAAGAUUAAGACUUGUACACGAUAUUAUUACCAGUUAUGAUGAUGAAUGCGCUGGCAUCAACCCAAAAUUAGAUGGGUUCGAACUUGUUGAAAGUGUCUUUCCUCUUCACGAUCGUAAUUACAAUAAGAAUUGGAUUAAAGCCUGGUCGACAAAAUGGUUAAUUAAUGAUGAAGAUCUAAAUCGAUUAAAAGAUCAUUUUGGGGAAAAGAUUGCAUAUUAUUUUGCAUUUUUGCAAUACUAUACAAUCUGGCUCAUCUUACCAACUGUUGCGGGACUAUUCGUAAAUUUCAUUGUUCCCAAUUUUACAAUACUCUUUGCUAUAUUCAAUAUUGUCUGGUCAGUUGCUUUUACAGAGUUAUGGCGUCAAAAAGAACGAAAACUUGCAAUAAGCUGGGGUGUAUACAACUACCAUCAAGUAGAACGUAAAAGUCCCCAUUUCAGACCAGUUGUUGACCCAAGAUCUGGUGAAGAGCUUCCACAUUUUCCAAAAUCGAGAAGAGUCUUGAGAAAAAUUGGUGUAUUGCCCGUAAUCGCUUUAUUUGCAUUAACGUUCGUUGUAGUUUUGGUAUUCUAUAUUUUAUUCGAGGUUAUUAUGACCGAGUUUUAUAUUGGUCCUUUUAGAGAUCAACUGGUUUAUCUGCCAACAAUUGCAUAUUGUCUAUUAGUUCCAGCAUUGAAUAUGAUUUAUGCAAAGAUUGCAAAAAAUCUAAAUGAUUUUGAAAACUAUGAAACUGAAUCUGAUUAUGAAUUCCAUCUUACACAAAAGAUAUUUGUCUCGAACUUCCUUAUAUGUUAUCUUUCAAUUUUCUUUAUCGGAUGGAUUUAUAUUCCUUAUAAUGAAUUAAUCAGACAAACAUUGGAAAUGAUAUUUAAAAGCUGGGGAUUAUCAUUCACCAUUAAAGAUGUAGGAUUGGAACGCCUAAACACAGAAUUGAAAUACUUUAUAUUGACGGCACAAAUUCUGAAUCUUUUUAUGGAGAUAAUUUUACCAUAUUUGAUGAGAUUUGGAAUGAAAACAAUAAGUCACGAUGGAGAACAUGAGAUUCAUGAAAAUGAAGAUGAAGCUGGUUUGUUAAGAAGAAUAAAAAGGGAAAUUGGUUUGCCCACUUAUAAUAUUUAUGAAGAUUACGCUGAAAUGGUCAUUCAGUCUAUUUUCGUUCCUGCAAGAGCAGACAGCAUUGGACCAUGGAUCAACAACAUGACAUUGCUUGCGUUACUUUCAUCACUCACCAACGCAUCAUUUAUUUACUUGUAUCAUGGCGAAGGCAAAAAGUUCAAAUCAUUAGCCGACAUCAAAAAUUUGAUUUACAUAAUUGCUUUUAUUCUAUUUGUCUUUACGAUAUUCAGACGUUUCAUACGAAAUCUACUUGAUAAAAAUUCUGAAUUUAUGAAAAACAUUAUUAUUGAAUCUGAAGAAGUUGAAUUGAAUUUGGAUGAUUCGCAAAUCAACGACGAAGUUCGUCCAUUUCUACAUGAAAAAGUGGAUAUUGAAAACCUCGUCGAACAAAUCGUUUGUUUCAAAACAGAUUAA